AAAACUUCAACCUCCAAAUUUUUAUUAAUUUUUGUGUUAAUUUUAUUAUUGUUGAACUUUAUUGGAAUAUAUUGAUUCUGUGAAAACUUUGCAACUCGGUUAUUAUUAUUUAUAUGUUGUUGUUGAUAUAUGUGAAUGCAUUUGUUUAUAUUACUUUAAAAUAUGCAUGCCCCCUCUCCAUUAUGUAUGAUUUUAACAUGUUUUUCUUUUUAUUCUUUAUUCCGAAUUUGACCCGGCUUUGUAACUCGACCAAAUUUCGAACAUAUGUAAAUCAAUCAAUGUGUUAAAAAUACCAUCAAGAAAUAUCUCAAUUUUUUACUUUUUACAUUCAUUAAGUGCCAAUUAUUUUUAUCAGUUAAGAUGUGUUUAUUCAGUAAAAAAAGUGUUCAUUAUCUCUUAACAAUAAGAACAAGAAAUUACUAUUAUCGUGGAAAGUUUUUAAGUACUGUUGUUGAUCAACCAAAAAGCUUUAAAGAAAUUCCAGGACCACUAUCGCUUCCGUUGGUAGGUACUCUAUAUCUUUAUUUUCCCUUUAUAGGUCGAUACCAGUUUGAUAGAUUACACAAAAACGCUCUCAAGAACUACCAACUUUAUGGACCAAUUAUUAGAGAAGAGAUUGUGCCAGGGGAACAUAUUGUCUGGCUUGGGGACCCCGACGAUAUUGCGAAAAUGUUUCACACUGAAGGUACCUAUCCCUGCAGAAGAAGUCAUCUCACUUUAGAGAAAUACAGAUUAGAUAGGCCCCACAUUUACAAUUCAGGUGGUUUGCUCCCAACGAAUGGUCCAGAGUGGUCAAGGAUUAGAAAAGUGUUUCAAAAAGGUCUCUCUGGCCCAACUGAGGCUCUUAGUUUUAUCAAAGGCUCAGAUGACGUCAUAUCUGAGUGGAUAGACACUCGACUUAAGAACAUUUACAAAGAGUCGUCAAAUAUGGAUUUUCUCCAAGAACUCUCAAGGUUAUUUUUGGAGCUGAUUGGCGUUGCGGCUUUUGAUAUAAGAUUUCAUAGUUUUCACGAGGACGAAUUAGAUCCGAGUUCCAAAAGUACAAAACUAUUAGAAUCAGCUUUUGUUACCAAUAGUACAAUUUUAAAGACGGAUAACGGGCCUCAAUUGUGGCGAAAAUUUGAAACUCCUGCCUACAGAAGAUUGAGAAAAGCGCAGGAAUUAAUGGAGAGUGUUGCAAUUGAUUUGGUGGCUUUGAAAUUAUCAACUUUUAAGGAAAAAACCUCAAGUCUCCCAACUUUACUUGAGAGAUAUCUAGCAUCUGCGUCUCUUGAUUUCAAAGAUAUUAUAGGAGUAGUUUGCGAUUUUUUGUUGGCAGGAAUGGACACUACCACAUAUUCAUCAAGUUUCUUGCUUUACCACUUAGCAACCAACCCUUCAACACAAGAUGCCCUUUAUGAGGAGGCGUGUCGUCUCCUUCCCAACCCUACAGCUCCUGUAACUGUAGAAAAAUACAAACAAGCAGAAUAUGCAAAAUGUGCUGUGAAAGAAUCUUUAAGAUUGCGACCUAUUUCAAUAGGUGUAGGUCGACAGUUAACUACAGAUGUUGUUUUUUCAGGGUACAAAGUGCCUUCAGGGACAGUUGUAGUGACUUUAAAUCAAGUUUUGAGUCGGUUGGAGAAAUAUUUUCCUGAACCUGAUUUAUUUAAGCCUGAACGGUGGAUGAAAAAUAAUCCUUUCUAUGUCCAGACGCACCCUUAUCUUGUGAUCCCGUUCGGGCAUGGGCAAAGGUCAUGUAUAGCAAGAAGAUUUGCCGAGCAGAAUAUGGUUAUUUUAAUUUUAAAGUUGGCCAGAAAAUAUAAAUUGAGCUGGAAUGGGCCUGAAAUAGACUCCAAGUCCCUUCUAAUUAACAAACCAGAUGGACCAAUUUUAUUGUCUUUUGAGCCGAGAUAGUUGUAUGUAUAAAUAUUACAUAUUUGGAAGUAUUUUUACAUGUAAUUGCUACUAACGAAAUAUAUUUUUAUAAGUA